ACUCUAAAAUCUUCUUCCGCUUGGCCUAUGUGCCUCCAUUCGUCAUUACUAUUGAUAGAGUUUUUGGUUCCUUCUUUGUUUUGAACUUCUUUCUCGGUACACUUGAGCAUUCUCCUUGCAGCUUUGACCAGCCAAAAUGCCUGCUGUCGGUGGAGUUCCUGCGGAUGGUGUGCCAGGCAGGGUGUACACGGGGAAACUUACUCCUUUGGUAACCGUAACGUGUAUUGUCGCAGCCACGGGGGGCUUGAUUAUCGGUUAUGAUAUUGGAAUUUCUGGUGGAGUGACGUCAAUGGACCCGUUUUUGAAGAAGUUCUUCCCGUCGGUGUACCGGAAGAAGCAUGAGGAAUCAUCCACCAACCAGUACUGCCAAUAUGACAGUGAGAAGCUGACAAUGUUCACGUCGUCCCUGUAUUUGGCUGCUCUGCUUUCAUCCAUCGUGGCGUCCACUGUGACACGUAAAUUUGGUCGCAGGUUGUCCAUGCUCUUGGGCGGCCUGCUCUUUUGCGUGGGUGCCAUCCUCAAUGGCUUUGCCCAAGCAGUCUGGAUGCUUAUCGUCGGCCGAAUGUUACUCGGUUUCGGUAUUGGGUUUGCAGGACAGUCAAUUCCUCUGUACAUCUCUGAGAUGGCCCCUCACAAGUAUAGAGGAGCUCUAAACAUUGGUUUGCAGUUAUCAAUCACAAUUGGUAUCCUUAUUGCCAAUGUGUUGAACUACUUCUUUGCAAAGAUCAAGGGUGGGUGGGGAUGGCGCUUGAGCUUGGGUGGGGCCAUGGUCCCUGCCCUCAUAAUCACCGUUGGAUCACUUGUCCUUCAUGAUACCCCCAACUCUAUGAUUGAGAGGGGCCUACAUGAUGAGGCCAAACAGAAACUCAAAAGGAUUAGGGGUGUUGAGGAUGUUGAGGAAGAGUUCAGUGACCUUGUUGCUGCUAGUGAAGCAUCAAAACUUGUGGAGCACCCUUGGCGAAACUUGUUGCAACGAAAAUAUAGACCUCACCUCUCUAUGGCAAUCCUAAUUCCCUUCUUUCAGCAACUCACUGGGAUCAAUGUCAUCAUGUUCUAUGCACCUGUUUUGUUUAACACGAUUGGGUUUGGAAGCGAUGCUUCCCUUAUGUCGGCGGUGAUUACCGGAGGUGUUAACGUUGCUGCAACCUUUGUUUCUAUUUAUGGUGUUGAUAAAUGGGGAAGGAGAUUUCUUUUCCUCGAAGGUGGAAUCCAAAUGCUCAUAUGCCAGGCUAUUGUUACAGCUGCAAUUGGUGCUAAAUUUGGAGUGGAUGGAGAUCCUGGUGAGUUGCCCAAGUGGUAUGCUAUUGUUGUGGUGCUUUUCAUUUGCAUCUAUGUUGCCGGGUUUGCAUGGUCUUGGGGUCCCCUUGGCAUCUUGGUGCCUAGUGAAAUCUUCCCUCUGGAAAUCCGAUCUGCUGCUCAAAGUGUCAAUGUGUCUGUCAACAUGAUUCUCACGUUUGCUAUUGCUCAAAGCUUCUUAUCAAUGCUGUGCCACAUGAAGUUCGGGUUAUUCCUCUUCUUUGCCUUCUUUGUGUUGGUGAUGACCAUUUUUGUCUACUUUUUCCUACCUGAGACAAAGGGUAUCCCAAUUGAAGAGAUGGGCAGGGUUUGGAAGACCCACUGGUACUGGUCCAGAUUCGUGAGCGAUGAUAUUCACCCCAACGUGGAGAUGGGCAUGGGACCAGCCCUGGCUAUAAAAAACGUGUGCUAGCAUUUUUGUUUUUCAUAUAAAGGGCUUUCUCAAUCUGUCAACAGAUCAUGGUCCAGCCUAUUAUGGACCCACCCAUAUAUACCAAUCCAUUCAAAAUUCAACAUGGAUUUAUUGCUUUGAUCCAUUA